AUGCAAAAUAGACAAUUUGGUAUAUUUGAUUUAAGACAAGAUAAACCAUGUUGUAUUAAACCAUUCCCAUCGAGCAGUUCUAUUUGUAAACCGGUAGUAGAUAUAGACACAUCAUUGAUUUAUCUUUGUGGAAGAGGAGAUAGUAUUGUUAAAGUCUAUGAAUUUGAUUCAAAAAAUAAAAAUUAUAUUUCUGAAUUAACUCAACAAAAUGUAGGAGAGUCUUUAAAAGGAAUUACUUUAUUACCAAAAAGAGCAGUUCAUGUUCGUGAUUGUGAAAUUAAUACAUUAUUAAGAGUAGGAAAUAAUAAAGUCAGUAAAAAUGGGUCAUAUGUUAUUCGUAGAGCAUCAACAAAAUAUCAAGGUGACUUGUAUCCAGAAAGUAUUUGGGUAGGUACUAAUCAAACUGUUGAAGAAUUCAUGAAAGGAGAAAAUAAGAAACCAAAAGAAAUUAAUUUAGAAUGUAUCUUUGAUAGUAAAGGAGCUCUUGAUGCUGCAUAUGAACCUGAAGAUGUUAAAGAACAAAAAAGAAUUGAAAAAGAAAAGAAAGAAAAAGAAGAACGCGAGAAAAAAGAAAAAGAAGAAGAGUUAAAACGAGUUGAAGAAGAGAAGAAUAGAGUUGUACAUAAAGCACCAAAAAUUAUUCGUUCAACUCAUUUUAGACACAUUAAUACAAGGGCGUUUAAUAAAAAUACUAAUAUUAUUGAUUGUAAAGUUAAUACUAAUAAUUCACAGUCAUUAAUUAAAGUAAAUACCAAAUGGGUUGGUAUUCCUUGGAUUGGUAUUGGUAAAGUUGCUGUUUGGCCUUUAGAAAAAUCAGGUAAAAUGAUUGAUCCAAUAUUUUGUGAUAAUGGUGGAAAUAUCAAUGACUUUACUUUUGAUCCAUUUGAUGAUAACAUUCUUUAUAUAGGAGGAGAAGAUGGUAAAAUAAAAGUUUUCUCAAUUGCUCCUGAAGGAGCUACUAAAAUAAAAGAAAUUCAAGCACAUAAUAGAAAGAUUAAUGGAUUAUACGUUAAUCCAUUUAUAAAGAACUGUGUUAUUUCUAUUGGGACAGAACCAUGUUUAAAAAUCUGGGAUAUUGAAAAAGGAGAAUCCCUCUUUGAUGUUAUUGGAUUCGGAGAUAAUAUUAAUAAUAUUAGUUUUAGUUGGGAUGGUGAAAGAAUUGCUGUUUCAUGCAAAGAUCAUAUUGUCAGAAUUAUAAACUGUCGUAAUGGAAAUAUUGAAAAUCAAUGUGAAGUACCACAAAAUGGAGGAAAAGGAUUUUUAGUUAGUUGGUGUGGUAGAAUUGAGAAGUUAUUUAUUGUUGGAUUUAAUAAAAUGUCACAAAGAGGUUAUUCAUUAAUAGACAUUAAGGAUAAUAUGAAAAUUAUUAAUAAUACUGUCAUUGAUACUGAGUCAGCGAUUUUAACACCAAUUUAUGAUGAAGAUCUUAAUGUUUGUUAUUUAAUUGGAAGAGGAGCUAAAACAAUGCAUUGUUUUGAAAUAACUGAUGAACCACCAUUUGUUCAUCCAUUAAAUAUUUCUACUUUUAAUGAUGUAGUUUAUGGAUUUGAUAAAUUCCACAAACAAUAUUGUGAUAUUAAAAAAGCUGAAAUUAUGCAUUUGGUUUUAUUAAACGGAGAACCACCAUCAGCAAUAAGCCAAACUUCUGUUUAUGUUCCACGAGUAAGGCUUGAAUAUUUCCAAGAUGACAUUUAUCCUGAGACAAGAAAGAAUGAAGCUAUUUAUACUAUUGAAGAAUGGAUGAAUGGAGUUCAAAAGGAUAUCCCUUAUAUUAGUCUUCAACCUGAAGGAAUGAAGAAAUUGUCUGAAGCACCAGCUGAGAAUGAACGUGCUAAAUACUCUUAUGAACAAGAAAGAAAAAGAAUUGAAAAGGAAGAAGAAGAGAAAAGAAACGCUGCAAUUUUUGAUCGCGUUUUUGACAGGAUGAAUGAAAAAAGAGAUACAUUUGAUCCUAUUGAAGAUGACUCUGAAUCAUGGUCUGAUGAUUAA